AUGUUAGCUCAAAGUGACUCGUUGAGGUUUCUUAGGCUAUCAAAUAAUCAUCUAAGUGGGAAGAUAACCCCAACGAUCUUUUUCUCAACUUCAUUACGAUUGUUAUAUUUAGAUGGCAAUAACUUUGAAGGAAAUAUACCUAGCAUUGAUAUCUCAGCUUUCCCUGUGUAUUCCCUUAUUGAUAUGGAUUUAAGUAACAACAAUUUGUCCGGAAAGCUCCCAAGAUGGAUAUGGAACGUGUCAAAUUUAAAUGCAUUGGCAUUAUCCAACAAUCAGCUCAAGGGUCUCAUUCCAAUGGAAUUGUGCUAUUUGGAUUCCCUUAGAAUUUUGGACCUUUCAGAAAAUAAUUUUUCUGGCCCAAUACCAUCUUGCUUCGGUGCACAAUCUAUCAUACAUCUCUAUUUGAGCAAAAAUAGAUUAAGUGGAACCUUGACAAAUGCAUUCUUUAAUAGCUCUUCCUUGGUGACUUUAGAUCUUAGUGAAAACCAAUUGAAUGGAGAAAUUCCAUACCAGAUUGGAACUCUUUCUGCUUUGAGUGUCCUCCUUCUAAAAGCCAAUUAUUUUAUUGGAGAAAUUCCCAUUGAGAUAUGUAAAUUGUAUUCUUUAAGUAUAAUUGAUCUUUCUCAAAAUAAGCUUUUUGGUCUGAUACCUUCUUGUUUGAGUCGUUUAACUCUUGAGCCAAACGAUAAAAAAUAUUCAACAAAGACUUAUUGGGAGGACUUUGGAGGAAUCUUUGAGCCGGGUAAUUACUUUGGAAUGACUGAAUUUGAAUUUUUCACUUUAAGAGGAAGCGAAUCAUUCUAUGUAGAUUUUGAAAUUGAGAAUCAAAUGGAAGAAAAGGUGGAAUAUACAACAAAAAAAGCAUUUUGCACAUACAAGGGAAACAUUCUUGAAUACAUGUCGGAAAUUGAUUUAUCAUGCAAUAGAUUAACAGGUGAAAUCCCCAUAGAGAUUGGAAAUUUGAGUGAAAUUCGAUCACUAAACUUGUCACACAACAAUUUGACUGGACAUAUACCGUCAACAUUCUCAAAGCUUAAGCAAAUUGAGAGUCUGGACCUUUCUCACAACAACCUAAUUGGAAGAAUCCCUGCUCAAUUGACGGAGUUGUACACCUUAGCAGUCUUCAAUGUGUCAUACAAUAACUUGUCAGGGAGUAUUCCGUCUCCAAAAGCUCAAUUUGGAACCUUUGAUGAAAGCAGUUAUGUGGUGAAUCCUUUUCUCUGCGGGCAUCUGCUGCAUAAAAAUUGCAGUGACCUUGAUUCACCUUCAACAACAGCACCAAGUACAUCAAACGAUGAAGAAAAAAGUGGUUUGAUGGACAUGUAUAUUUUCUGGGUGACCUUUUUUGUUUCUUAUGUAAUUGUGUUGUUGGUUAUUGUUCUCAUCCUGUAUAUAAAUCCUUAUUGGCGACAAGCAUGGUUUUCUUUUGUUGAACACUGCAUCAAGACCUGCCAGUAUCUUAUUGAGGACUAUCUUCUGCGAUUUUCCAUCUUCAAAAGGAGUGGGUAGCCUUGUGCUUUGGUGGUUUACAUUUGUAUGUGUUGGUGUUAGACACACUUUAUUCGGAUGAAGUAUGAACUUCAAUCUAGACUUUAACAGCAAUGUAAUGUUUCUGAAUAAAGAAUGAACAAAAAAUGCUUGUUUUUCAA